UCAAGGAUACAUAAAUACUGGUGUACUGCUGCAGUAUUGCCGGUACACUCCUGAAGGGCCAUUGCGAAGUGGAAGGAGGCACGCGUUCCAAAACAUUUUCUCUUAAGUAAGCAAAAUUAGCUUGCAGUCCUCCGCGAAACACGUGAAAACGUUUAAUCCUAUACUAAAUUAUAACAACUGUAAAAAUCCUUUUAAAAAUGAACGGACAAAUCAACGGUUUUCAUAACUCCCUCAUCGAGGAAGACUGCUUUCUGUUCACGUCGGAGUCUGUUGGAGAGGGACACCCAGAUAAGAUUUGCGACCAAAUCAGCGAUGCUGUACUUGAUGCCCAUCUCAAACAGGACCCUGACGCCAAAGUUGCCUGUGAGACCGUUGCCAAGACGGGGAUGAUCCUGCUGGCAGGGGAGGUGACAUCGCGUGCCUCUGUGGACUACCAGAAGGUUGUCCGCGAGACCAUAAAGCACAUCGGCUAUGACGACUCUUCCAAAGGCUUUGAUUACAAAACCUGCAAUGUGCUUGUGGCCCUGGAGCAGCAGUCUCCUGACAUCGCCCAAGGUGUUCAUCUGGACCGCAGCGAGGAGGAUAUCGGGGCAGGUGACCAGGGACUGAUGUUUGGCUAUGCCACUGAUGAGACUGAGGAAUGCAUGCCCCUCACCAUUGUCCUAGCCCACAAGCUCAAUGCCAAGAUGGCCGAACUGCGCCGCAAUGGCACCCUGCCCUGGCUGAGGCCCGACUCCAAGACCCAGGUGACCGUGCAGUACCGCCAGGACCGCGGCGCAAUGCUCCCUGUCCGUGUGCACACCAUCGUCAUCUCCGUGCAACACGAUGAGGACAUUUGCCUGGAUGAGAUGCGUGACGCCCUGAAGGAGAAGGUCAUCAAGGCCGUGGUCCCCUGCGUCUAUCUGGAUGAUGACACCAUCUACCACCUGCAGCCCAGCGGCCGUUUUGUAAUCGGGGGCCCUCAGGGUGAUGCUGGCUUAACUGGUCGCAAGAUCAUUGUUGACACUUACGGAGGCUGGGGGGCCCACGGAGGUGGUGCCUUCUCUGGGAAGGAUUACACUAAAGUGGACCGCUCGGCUGCUUACGCUGCCCGCUGGGUGGCAAAGUCCCUGGUGAAAGCAGAACUCUGCAAGCGGGUUCUGGUCCAGGUGUCAUAUGCCAUCGGAGUGUCCCACCCCUUGUCCAUCUCCAUAUUCCACUACGGGACGUCCCAGAAGAGUGAGAGGGAGCUGCUGGAAAUCGUCAAGAAGAACUUUGACCUCCGACCCGGGGUCAUUGUCAGGGAGCUGGACCUGAAGAAACCCAUUUAUCAGAGGACCGCAGCCUAUGGCCACUUUGGUCGUGAUUCCUUCCCUUGGGAGGUCCCCAAAAAGCUGAAAUACUAAACGUGUCAAGCUUUUUUUCCCCAGGCCUGUUGGUGUAUACUACAGAGAAGCCUGCAAGGUCUUAGGGGGAAAAGGCCUCCAAAAAAAUCAUCUUCUAGUUGCUAAAUUAUAGCCCCACUCUCACUCCCUCAGAGCCUGUCUUCACCCUAUUCCCCACUUCCUUUCUCCGGUCCUGUGCUGUUGUUGGCUUGCUUGGUCCACUUCCUGGUGUGUCUGGGACCAUUAGAAGACUUCCGUGACUCCCAGAGAUUUAGUACCUUCUGGUAAUGUGCAUUUGGUUUGUUUGCUUGUUUUUGAGAGGGUGUGUAGUUUCAGAGAGUCAGAUUUAGAAGCUUUUUGUCACCAUGGUCCAAAAGUGUGUCCUCCUGUAAGUAACUUCUGACUGAUGUAUCACUUGUCCUUGUAGA